AUGUCUGUGUAUCUUAUUUCUAAAAAUCAUUACAUUUCUUAUCUAAUUGCUAUAGUCACUGCAUCAAUUAUAUUAUCUGCUUUUUAUUCUUAUUCAGGUUCUUUGAUUGACCCUUUUGCUAUAUUUAUUAUUGAAGGAGAAAAUUAUUAUGUUUUAGUUCAACUAAUAGUUAUUCUUUUAAUUAGUAUUAUUUCAUUCUCAGGAACAUUAUAUUGGUCUCAUGGGUUAAGUACAAAAAAUAAAAAGUUCUUUUCACCAAAAAGUAUUACGGAAGAAAGACGUAAUGUUCUAACAAGGAAACAAUUUUCUUGUCUUGGAUUAUUAAAACAAAUCUUUACUGCUUCAGAAGAGUUUGAAUUGCCUGACAAUGUCUCAGAUGUUUCAAGUGUUGAAUGUGAAACACAACAAGAAUAA